AACGUAACGCGACGCAGCUCUCAUCCUUGUUUCCCUCAUAGAUAGCUUAGCUACUAGAGCUCAUAAGAAGGACCCUACAGCCAGCUAGAAUUUUUGUGAGAAACUCUGGUCUCGGUCCUCAAGAAGAAAUACAAGAUCACCAACCAAGUACAAACCAUGGCACCGACAAUCAAGAACGUCGCUCUCGCCGGCGCCGGCGGCAACCUAGGCCCUUCCCUCCUAAAGGCCCUCAUGGACUCCAACAAAUUCACCAUCACAAUCCUAACCCGCAAAACUGGCUCCCAAAAGUUCCCCGCGGGCGUCACAGUCAAGGAGGUAGACUACGAGUCCCUCGACUCCCUAACCCAGGCCCUCAAAGGUCAAGACGCCCUCGUCAACUCGACGAACAGCUUCGACCCCAAGGUAGCAACCCGCGUCGUCGACGCCGCCGUCGCCGCGGGCGUCUACCGCUACAUCCCGCCCGACUUCGGCCUGGACCCCACGCGCGCCCACGUGCCGAGCCUGCCCAUCUUCGGCAUCAAGGCCCUGACGCACGGCCUCAUGCAGCAAAAGGCCCAGGAGAACAACGGCAAGUUCACCUACACCAUCGUCACCAACGGACCUUUUCUCGACUGGGGCAUCCGGUCCAGCUUCAUGGGCGUCGACGUCAAGAACAAGAAGCUCUCGCUUUUCAACGACGGCGAGAACGUCAUCCCCUACACGAUGCUCGCCGACGUCGGCAAGGCUGUCGUGGGAACCUUGUUGCACCCCGACGAGACGGCCAAUAGGAUCGCGUACAUUCAGUCCGCCGUCAAGUCGCAGAAGCAGAUGGGCGCUCUCGCUCAGGAGGCCGUGAGCGGUUCGUGGGAGACGACUACCGUCGACGUUGACGCCAUCUACGCGAACUGUAUGGAGUCUAUCAAGAAGGGUAUCAUGACGCCCGAUGUGAUGUACCCACAGCUGUUGUAUGCGUGCGCCAAAAAGGAGUUUGCCCAGCCUUGGGCAAAGAGCGACAAUGCGCUGUUUGGCAUUAAGGAAAUGAGUGACGAUGAACUCAAGGCGCUAUACAAGCAAAUUGCUUCCGAGUAAGAAGAUGUAGUGGCCUGGAUAUAUCUAGCGAGAUUAGAAAACUGCUCAACGUAAUGCGAUCCCAGGACUUUGCGCUUCCAUCACAUUCACAGCGCGCCCAUGUACAUGGCAAGUGAUGUUGUAUCAGCAUUGAAUUC